AUGUCGAGCACCACGAAGUUCGUCUGCGGAGAAGCACGCUGGGUCGUGAAAUCACCAAAAUCCAACUCGAAGAAGGCAGCAGCAAAAGUCUAUGACGAAGCUGAAUUGAAGGCUCUCCUCGCCCCUACCAACAGUAGUUGGGCUGAUGAGGAGGAAGCAGAAGUUGAGGUAAUGAACAUGGCUGGUGCAGCUAAGUCCCUGCCCCUCAGCUACUCUGAUGUUGUGGCUCCGAUUUGCAAUCGCGGCAUGGCUAUCAAAACUGUUGCGGUUGGUGAACCAAAAGUUGCUGAUGAGCCCACUCCUGCUGAAGCUGCUGCGGCGGCUCAGCUUAAGGGCAAGGAGAUUGUUAAGUCCAAGACAACGACUCCCAAGAUUGAAAAGCAUGGCCCUACUCUUGAAGAGUUGGCUAAGCAGACCAUUACGCCUGUCGCAAGUACCAAGCUUCUCAAAGCUUCUAAAGUCUUUGCAAUGCCAGUUGCCAGAAGACAAACAAGCGACCGCGAGCCAUGGAGACAACCAGCGGGCUGGAGCACAGACAGUUCUGCUCCUGCUUCUCAUAUCUCAGCCGAUCCGGCACCCGAGAACCUGAGGACAGAGCGUAGAAAGAAACAGCGCAAGGCGAAGUCUGAAAAAUUCGCAGCCGAGAAACAGACAGCUCUACUUGAAGAGUCGGUCCUUGUAGAUGGGCCUGUCAAGCCAAGUGUUUGGUCGCCAACUAUUCCAGUCACCUCGGUCGCUAAGCCAGUGGUUGUGGUUCCAGUCGAGCCAGCUAAGGAGACUGUCUUGUUCAAUGUGCAAGUAGCAGCCGAGACUGUUCGACCAAUGACUCCAGUCCAGACCCUGGAGAAAGUUGUGGUCAAUUUGCCACCAUCUUCUCCACGGAGACCAGUUAGUCCCGUCAUUCCGGUCACUCCUAGAUCGUUCGAGCGCAGUGCAAUCAGAACUCCUCCACUCUCCGAGGCUCAGCCACAGUCUCUUGAGACCAAUGCAGAGGCAGAGGAGGGUUCAGAUAUCAUCGUUGCAGGUUCAGCCUGCUCGCCGUCUAGAUCACGGGCCUCCUCGAUUAUGAGUGUGGAGACAGUGAUCAUUACGGAUUCUUCACAAUCCUCGAAUCCCCGUCCAAUCUUCACGAGAAGAGACUCUGAGAUUCAGGAACAUGAGCAGUGGUUCUGUGAUCUGAACGGAGCCUUCAUUGACAAUAACCGUGUCUCCAGCCCGGCAUCGAGUACCUGGCGACUAUCACCUACUGCUGAACCGUUUGUUCCACGUAUUCAGAAGGAGCCAGAUGUUCAGGAUAUCUUCAAUCUGUUGCCUGAACAUUACUUCCCCGAACACAAUCAUCCACUGCCAGACCCAUCGACUUCACCCUUUGAACUCACACCUCAAGGUCUACCCACCCCGCCUAUGGAAGCAGUACACCCAGUUCGUCCAGUUCUCAUGCUUAGCAUCCCGCACAUUGAGCCAACAUACCCACAGCAGGACAUCCCACAACCACCAUCCAACAUGACAGCCCCUGCAGCAGCUGCCCCUUACCCCACCCCCGAGUCUCUCGAAGUUUUGCGCCGAGAGAAAAACCGAUUAGAUUUGAUCUUGAUCCAAGACGAUCUGAUUCGGGAUAUCGAGGAGCGUGCUGCGAGACUGGCUCUCCGUGGACUGUUCCCGGAUGGUACAGUAAGAGAUCCGUUGCAGGUGGGGGCGUGGGAGAUGCAGCAGCGGCAGCAGCAGAUGCACAUACAUGGAUGGGUACACUGAUUCUUUAGCUGGACUAAUUGAUGAGUGGGGCGCAGCAUAGGUGGGCUGAGAGUGGGUUUUGAUGUUUGAGUGGUAAGAUAGUGAGUAGUUAUGACAUGAACGAUAUUG